CUCUCUCUCUCUCUCUUCUCUCUCUCUCUCUCUCUAUAGACGGUAGACCCAUUAUCAUACCCCCACCACCACUCUCCUCUCCAAACAGAGACGCAAUGAGAGGUGAAAUAAAAAGAAAAGGUGGUAGAUGCAUGAAGUAACAACAACAACAAUCUCUCUUUCUCCUUCCCUAUCUAUCCUGUCCCUUUUUCUCUCUCUAACCUCGCCACCUUCCCUUUGUAAUCCAUUCACUACUCUCAAAGAUUUCUCUCUCCAGCCCCGCCUCCCCCCAAAGUUGAUUGUCCUCGGUUUCCACGCACAACUAACACACACCUCUUCUUUGCCUCUUAGGAUUAUUGAAACUGGCUAUGGUGAGCAUCCGUAGGCGCAGGCUUUUAGGCCUUUGGUCUGGUCGAAGUUCUUUCUUGGCUCCUCUUCCAAGGUUUUUCGACAAUGGACACACCCCUGAAAAUCGUACCCAAAACACAAAAUCAGUUAGUGUGCAUCCCAUGCCUUCAGUGGAUGUUGACCAACCGAAGGAGGAAAAAAUCUCAAAUGUUGGUCCUGGAUCAUCAAACAUCUCUGGUUCUGACUCAUCAAAAGAUCAACAUACUCAACAAUUCCCAGAAGUCAAACGAAGAAAGCGGCACAGAAGGAAGCAUUUUGAAAACCAAGAACAAUGUGUUAUGAGAGGUGUCUAUUUCAAGAACAUGAAGUGGCAAGCAGCAAUAAAGGUUGAUAAAAAACAAAUCCACUUGGGCACUGUUGGCUCUCAAGAAGAAGCUGCUCGAUUGUAUGAUAGGGCUGCAUUUAUGUGUGGGAGGGAACCCAACUUUGAACUCUCGGAGGGGGAGAAGCAGGAACUUAGGAAAUUCAAGUGGGAUGAAUUCUUAGCAGUUACUCGAUCUGCAAUUACAAACAAAAGUAAGCUUACCUUUUUAAUCUAUUUUAAGCUUGAAAUCUUCUGUCCUUUUAAUGGUUGCCAUAUGUGAAACUUCCAGAACACCAGAGAAGAACUGGGCCACGUUCACGUAGAAAGUUUGAGCCUUCGACACAUAACAGUGCCUGGGAGGGCGAGCAAGGAGGCAACGGCUUCUCAGCAUCAGAAGACGUAGAGCCAGACACAUCAGUCUCUUGAAAAUUUUCACUCAGGAGCAAGGCUGAACAAAGCUUGUUCUAGCCACUCUUAAUGAUUUUUAUCUCAUUUUUCUGGUGUAUAAAGUAGCCCCUAUUAGGGCAGAUAUAGGUGGAACUUGUCUAUUAGUGAGCAGAUUUCUGUCUUUUUUAUUCAAUACAUUCAGAGUUUAGAAAAAUGUUAAGCUCAGGAGGACACUGCUAUAUUUUCUCAGUAAAUCUGUUAUAGCAUUUUCAGCUCAAAUUCGAC